AUGACCGGCUUCUCUAAAAUACUGCCGACGGUGCACAAGUUUCGAGCUGCGAUCGCCCGGAGGACGACGUCUAGGGAUCGAUCCGAGCGCAACAUCCCGGGAUCCUCGUCUUCACUAGGUCUCGACAAUGCCGAUCCUCCUCCUCCCUCCCCGUGGGGCCUCCCGGUUGAGAUCCAGAUCCAAAUAUUUGGGUACUGCGGAACCCCCGAAUUCUAUACGUUGAAGCUCGUCUGCAAGGCCUUCAAUGCUCUCUUGACCUCCAAUGAGCACGAAAUUGUCCGCCAGUACCUUCGCCAACGCCGCCAUGGUACCCUUCCCUCCCCACUUGACAACGAACGCACCUACACUCGGAACCCGGAAGAUGAUGUCGUGCUGCUGUCGGACCUUUUCCCGCCGUCAAAAAGUGCCCGAGGAGGGCACCUCUACACAUUCAGAUAUCUGCAUGGUCUCCGGCAAAGGCAGAAGCAAUGCUCAAUGCUAUGCUACUACCUUGCGGACCGGGUUAUGGACCGGUUCGUACAGACCGAGCCGAUCUUCCUCCGAACUUCGUUUCCCACUAGAAAGGCCGAACGAACGGCUUUAGUGAAGAAAGGCAAAGCUAGCAUCUGGUUCCAUCUUGCACCGCUCAUGUAUUACACACUAUACUUCCUCCAAUCCUACGCCUCCGCCAGGCGCGAGCACACAAACAUGCUCCUUCGAGAACACGAAGCAGGACGCCUUUCUGUCCCCAUUCCGAUAGGAACACGCCGGAGGAUGUAUCGGGACCUCCAAACUCGAAUCCUCCAAGCACCCCCUUUCAGCAACACCGCCGCGCUGGUUGCGACGCACCACUGCAUGCACUUGUUAGUGUCGUACAUUCGGCAUACGAUGACCCCAGGAGCAGAAAUCGACGACUCGUGGAUCAGCUCCCUCCUGACAUUAUCGCCGUUCACCCGGAUUGUCGAGUUCUUCUCUGCCGAGAUCGGCGAUGGAGGCAACCAGCGCAUGCAGCGGAAGGACUUCAUGUGCAACUUCUACCGCGACAUGACAACACAUGAAAAAGAUCGCAUGAACUCUGUGAUCUUUGGCCAGGCGUCUAAUCGGAAUAUGCAUAGCUCUGUGCGGGAUCUCUGGUUCGAUGCCGCCACCAGAGAGCUGGAGUCACGACAGGCAAUACCGCAUGAUCUAGAGAAUGUAUGGACUUGGAAUGGCAUUCCAAUAUUGUUUGGGUGCCCAGAUUGCAGGCCGGCCUCGGGUUGGCGGGCAUGA